GAGGAAUCGAAGGAGGAGUCAAAAGAGGAAAGCAAGAAGGAUGAAGUGAAGGAGAAUAAAGAAGGUGCAGAGGAAGAGACGGAAGAGGAAGGCGAAAAUGAGGAGGAAGAGGAGGAAGAAGAGGAAGAGGAAGAAGGAGAGGAAGAGGAUGAAGAAGAAGAGGAAGAAGAAUGA